AUGUCGCUCGUCGGACUCGCCCAUGUCUGCUCGCAUCUGCAAAACGCGUCCAAGGGCCGCCUGGGCCUGACCUCCAUCCCGCUCACCAAGCUGCACCUGACGCUGGCCCUCGGCCUGCAGAAGCAAGGCUUCAUCUCCACCGUCCAGCCGGGCGGCCCCGUACCACCGCCAUCCUUCGCGCUCCGGGAGCCGCCCUUGAGCGAAAUCACCGACGAGGUGCUGGCAGAGGAGCCGUGGAAGGCCUACCCUCGACCGGGCGUGAAUGUGAAAACAGAGAAGUUGACGGAGGAUAAGAUCCCAAAGAACAGGGCGUUGCAGAGGUUAUGGCUGGGCCUGAAGUACUGGAACAACGAGCCUGUUCUCAGCCGCAUGACGCUUAUCAGCAAGCCCACAAAGCGGAUAUGGCUCAACUCGCAUGAUCUGAGCACUAUCGUGAGAGGAUACGAGGCCGGCCAGGUGAAGGGCCUGACGAAGCCUGGAGAAUGUCUCUUCGUCACUACGGACAGGGGAAUCUUUGAAGCGAGGGAGUGUGUGGAGCAGAAGCUGGGAGGCAUGGUGCUGUGCAGGGUGAUAUAA